UUGACACACCAGUAUUUAACACACUUCACUAAAAUGUGGUUCGACUUUGCAAGACAAGAGCGUUUUCCAACGCAAUAUCCCCCUAAUGAAACGGCCGUUACGGUCGACGUUUUGGAAGCGGGAUUCAUUGCAGCUUUUAUUAUCCUUGUGAUUGCGUUCUUCAUUUCGAUACCGACGUCGCUCAUAAAACAGACGACGGCCCGAUAUGUAAGGAUAACUCUUAUGAUGCUAAUUGGUCUAUUUCUUUUGCUGGGGAAUUUCGGCCAAGAAUGGGAAGUCGGCCACAUCCGCUCUCGCACUCCGUAUAAAGCCGGCUCAGGCGCCGAAAUCAACGCGUCCAUAGGAGUAAAAAUCGGCCUCCGAAGCGUGAACGUCACCCUCAAGGCGACAGAAAUCCCUGCCAUCCUCCAACACGAAAAAAUCGACUACAACGAAAGAUUCGAGUGGACGUGGGACCAGGGUCGCUUCGGUUUUGGUCCAUUUGCUGGCCACCUUCAACAGGAAUUUCGCGCCGCUCAAUACCGGGGACUCCCGACACCUAUUUUGUGGGUCGUAGAUUAUUUCGUCAUAGAUGGGGAAGGUUUUAGGUUUGGAAGGUUCUACAGAACUGCUGGGUGGUACUGCCAUGUGGCUUUGUGGUGUGCCUUCGCCUGCUGGUUGUUGUCUUUGAUCCUCUUCAGAUCCGUUAUUUUAUAUGGAGCUUACUGCAUAGGAAUCUGCGGGCUCUUGCAGUUGUUGGCAAAUUUAUUGUGGUUGGUCAUCCGAAAUCCAAAUCCGCUGCUAAUUCCGUUCGAAGAUGCGACAAUUAAAACUACGUUUGGGGCUAGUUAUUGGUUGACGUUUUCAUCAGGAAUUAUAUGCCUCGUUGUAGCCACUGCAGUUAUAUUAAUCGACUCGAAGUUUAAUACGUACCUUUAUACCUUCUUUGGUGUUGAUCCACUGAACAGCUAUGAUGAAGUAGUCUACUUAACCAAAAAUGAAGAACUGCAGCUGCGACAGAAGAAAAGUACCAAUGAUAUGCCUCUAGUGGAAAUGACACCGUCGUCAACGCAAAUGCAGGAAGAAGAAGAUGCCGAGUAUGUUCCAUAUUAUGUUAAACGGAAGACAACAGCUUUUGCACCUCCGGUCAUUAGAAGCAACAAGCCCAAACAUCUGAUGAAUAUGCAUUAAAAUUCUGUUUUAUCUAAAGAUUAAUAAAAACUCGAAUUUUUUUUAGAAA